ACUACUCCUACCCAGACGUUUAAUUGACUUGUGUUCAUGGCAGUAUUGUUUUGCGCAAGGUGAUCGCAGCUUCUAACUUCUAGUCCUUUUCAUCCCUUGUCCUUUACAUGCAGCAUCAUGUGGCAGGACGACGAAGACAACAAUCCCUACGGAUCCUACACCAACCAGGAUCCCUCCAGUGAUGCAGCAAAUCCAGUCCUAAGCACCUCCUUUUCUAAUGAUGCUUCCACACCUGACACCUCACAUUCAUCUCCGACCCAGCCUCAGUAUUACUCGCGUCCCGAGCAGCCGACCGACGAUGAGGAGGACUAUAAUCAGCAAGCUGACACAAGCCAUGUACCGCCUAAAGGCGGAUACGAUAGCAGAGUACAGCAAAUAUUAUAUGAGAAUCCAGAGCUGGGGAUCGUCAUAACUGAUGCAGGCAAGAGUUCAGAUGGAGGCUACAUUGUGUACAAGAUUCGGACUGGAGACAUUGAGGUAACCCGGCGAUACUCAGAGUUUAGCUCUUUGAGAAAUGCUCUUGUAAACCUACAUCCUACGCUGGUCGUUCCUCCCAUACCCGAGAAGCACACCAUGGCAGAUUAUGCGGCAAAGCCAACAAAAGCUAAAGAAGACGUUGGAAUAAUCGACCAACGGAAGAGAAUGCUUGCGGUCUUCCUAAAUCGGUGUAGAAGAAUGAAAGAGGUGGUCGAGGAUGGUGUCUGGUGGAGAUUCCUCGAUCCGAACUCGAGCUGGAAUGAAGUGCUACACGCUCACCCUGUCGCAUCAGUCCCCAAGAACAACCUGAAAGCCCCUCCGUUAGACCCGGCAAACCCUACUCAAGCUCACAAUUGGUUACCUGUGCCUUCCUCCUCUGCCAAAUUGCGAUCGGGAGGACCGAUAUCGAGCAGCGGAACACCGAUAUCGCCCCCAGACCAAACUUAUCCAUCCGCUGCCGCUCACACGACGCCUGGACCUCAGGUCUUCGGCCGUUUCCCCUUGUCUUCGGAUAAGCUCAGCGAAACCGACCUGGAUCCUUACUUUAUUAAUUUCGAAGCCUCAACUCGCGAACUGGAACUUCUGUUGCAAGGUAGCAUAGAGAAGGUGAAUCGUCGAACACUUGAGCACCUCACCAAAUUAUCGACAGACCUUUCUGAGCUGGGGGCACGGUACAAUGGCUUUUCUCUCUCUGAACAGUCGCCAACAGUCGCAGCUGCUAUCGAGCGGGUAGGUCAGGCUGUCGACAGUACCUACAUUUCGACUGAAGAACUUGCCCUGGGUUUAGGUGCAACUUUCGCCGAACCCAUGCGGGAAAGCGCGCAAUUCGCCGGAGUGGUACGCAAUGUGUUGAGGUACCGAGUGCUCAAGAGAGUGCAGCAAGAUAUGACGAGAGAAGAGCUCGAUAAGAAGAGGGGCCUCCUCGAGUCUUUGGAACGCAGCGAAGCAGAGGCCAAGAGAAUUGACGCAUAUUUGUCUCAAAGCACUACCAUUGCCAGUCCACCUAGACGGUCGACUUCGAGUGCCUCAGGACGAAGUCCGCCUGAUCGACAUGGACAUGAAGUACAUGAAGAAACCGAAUCAGUCGACUCGGAUUUCCCGCCGACUCAUGGCGAUGGCGGGACCUCUCCUCCACCUUCUGCAAUCCAGGGUCACCCUCCUUCUGGACCCGCCUCUCCUACCUCACAUAGAAAGUCACCAAGUGGUAACUUCGUGACGAACAAGAUAUUUGGUAGUUUCCGACACGCCGUGAACGGUUUCGUGGACGUCGAUCCCGAAAGAACGAGGCGAGAUCAGAUUGGGAAGACGAAAGAGAGUUUGACUCAUCUCGAACAGGCUCUAGAAGUCUCGGAAAGUGAUGUCAAAGAUGCAACUCAAGGUGUCAUGCGUGACCUGAAGAGAUUCCAGAAAGAAAAGGAGGAUGAUCUUCAGAGAUACAUGAUCUCUUAUGCUAGAUGUCACAUCGAAUGGGCACGGAAAAACCUGGAAACAUGGUCAGAGGCUAGGGAGGAAGUGGACAAGAUAGUUGCGAGAUAGCCAGCCAUGGGACGAAAGCUGUAGGGGUGGCGAAUGUUGUGGUAUUAAUUUAUCAUAUUGCAGAGCGUUCUCGACCCGCCAGGCUGGCCGGCGUUGUAUAUCUGUUCAGGCCGUAUCAUGAAUUCAUUAUGAAUGCAGUCGUGAUUGAGCUCAUCGUUGAAUCCUGAUACUGCUUCACUUAGUCACAUCCUGUCCCGU